AUCACAACAUAAAAUUCGUGAGCGAUAAUAAUCCUUAAAAAAUUGGAUCAUGGCAUCCAAAAAGGGUAGCAAAAAAGGCUCGAAAAAGUCGGUAAAGGAUGUAGAAGAAGCAACUCCACCGGUGGAAGAUAAAAAAGAAGAAGCAACAGAGGAAAAUUCAGAUGAUAAGCAGCAAGAUGCAUCCUCACCAGAGGAACAAGAGCCUGUUAAAGUACCAACUCCGCCUCCAGAAUACGACGAGCCAACUCUGGCAGAAUUAAUCGUAGAACACUAUGAAGGAGAGAAGGUACGUGGUCUCUAUGACAAUGAGGGCGUGGCUUACUUCAGUGGCGGACAUUGCUAUAAGGGUCAGUUUUCACAGGGGUUGAUGCAUGGCAAGGGAACAUAUGAAUGGGCAGAUAAAGUCAAAUAUGAGGGGGAUUUCAAUUUGAAUGAGAUAACAGGUAAAGGUACGUAUACGUGGCCUGAUGGGAGUAUGUAUGAGGGAGAGGUAGAGAAGGGGCGUCGUCAUGGUCAUGGUACAUUCCGCUGUAUGUCAUCACCUUCAUCAUACACAGGACAAUGGCAUCAAGGUCUUAGACAUGGCACAGGCAUCAUUCGCUAUGACACAGAUGGACUGUCCUUUUAUGAGGGUGACUGGGUGAACAACAAACGUAGCGGAUAUGGUGUGAGGCGUUACCGAUCAGGCAACGUCUAUGAAGGAGAGUGGGCAAAUAACAACAGACAUGGACAAGGCAUGAUGAGAUGGGUGGACCUUAAUCAGUCUUUCAAUGGACAAUGGGAUAAUGGUGUUCAGCAUGGUCAUGGAGAGCAUACAUGGUACCUAAAACGUCUUCCUGGUUCACAGUAUCCACUACGCAAUCAGUACAUCGGUGACUUUGUUUACGGUAAACGUCAUGGUUACGGUGUGUUCCUCUAUGCUAAUGGAGCAAAGUACGAAGGAGAAUGGAAGCAUGAUAAGAAGAGUGGUAGGGGUGUCUUCACCUUCAAGAAUGGACGUAUCUUUGAUGGGAUCUUUGUGGAUGAUAGGAUGGCAGAGUACCCUCAGUUCACUAUGGAUGGAACUAAUACUCCUGACAUGUCAGGAAUCAGGACCAGGACUCCAGAUCCAGCAGGACCAGCUCCAGAUCAACACGUAGGAGAUUUGACAGCAAGAACUGAUGAGAGUCGUAACACUCUAGGCCCUUCAUUGACCCUUGACCUUCAGCAUUUACUUGAUGCAUUCAGCGCAGAGGAGAAAGAAGAGGAGCUUCAUCAGGUACUGUUUGUGAUUCUGCGUCACAUGAGCGCACUGAAGAAGGUGUACUCCUACUAUAGUGGUCUUGGACAUGAUGCAUCACCUGAUAAUACCUUCAUCAUGACAAGACUUCAGUUCUGGAGAUUCCUCAAAGAUUCUCGCUUCCACCAUCUUGAUGCAACACUAGCGGAGAUGGAUAGAACUCUGGCUGCAGACAAGACAGCGACUGAUAUCCACUCUCCACUUGACAAGCUUCUGAUGAGAGAAUUCCUCAACCACAUCAUCACGCUCUCUUAUCAUCUCUACAAAGAUCAUUAUCAGUCUGGAUCUGGUCCUGUUCUAGCUUGGUGUCUUUCUAAGGCCAUCACAGAGAAUAUUGUACCCUUUGGGUGUGAUGUCCAGGGUAACUUCUUGUAUGAUGAAGCACAUGCUGUCAACGCUCUAGGAUAUAUGGAUAGAUGCUAUGCGGUCUACCAAGAUAUCAGCAAACCUUCCAAGUACAAGCCACAUGAUUCCGUGCUAAAGAUGCGUGAGUUCCUGUACACACUGAAUGACUAUGGUUUAGUGAAUGAGAACCUCUCAGCAAGGCGUAUCUUAGAGAUCCUGUCCUGUGAUGAUCCAGCUGUAUAUGACUCUAAAGACUGCAAUCUAGAGCUUGAGAUGACGUUCUUGGACUUCUUUGAGGCUGUGAUUGGAUGUGCUAUGUACUAUGUGACAGAAGAAGUGAUUAAAGACCCUAGUACUCCUAGACCAAGUACUGUUAUCUCUAACCAUACACAUACUAGCUAUAGCUCAACUACGCAUGGAUCUACAUCAAGAACUAGUCAUCACAAUGAUGAUGGUGAUGAAACUGCCUCUCCCCGUACAUCUAACUAUGGUUCUCCACCGCUACGAGCGAUGUCUUCAUCUGAGGUCGUAAGGAAAGCAUCUGAUGCUAAAGUUGAGGUACAGGGGUCUAUUGCAGUGACUGACAGCAUGCUGACUGAACAGCCUCCAGAGGGCAGCACAGUGGGUGUCAAUAUCAAAACCUGUAAAUCUGAUGGAGGUACUGAAGCAGGAAAGGGUGUGUCUCUAGUAUCAUUACCAGCAGGAGAGAAUCUAAGCAGUGAUAGUCAGACCCAUCUAUUACAAUCUGUGUUAUCCUUGGGUGCUGAAGAGAUACAGCAACAAGAACCACCAGUUGAGGAGAUGGAGGAAGAGAUGGAUGAAGAGACUAGAAGGUUUAAUUUUUGGACUCAUCAGAUCAACAUCUUCUUCCUGCGGAAACUCUUUCCAGCUCAUGAACACAUGAGGGACGUUGAGAGCAAGAGACUUAUAGUCAGAGACGAGAAGAGGCUUGCUUGUCUCCAGGCCGAGCGUGAACGUGAAGAGCGGCAAAAGAAAAUUCAAGCUCUACAGGAAGCAGAGAGACAAGCUGAAGAAACGAGAGCAUUAGCUCUAGCUGCAGCAGCAUCAGAAACAGGGGCUGGUAAUGAGACUAUUGAUGGAUCACUCAGUGAAGAGAGAGUUGAAAGGUCAAAGUCAAAUAGUUCCACCAAAGGAAAAUGAGGGUCUUUCAUGGAUUCAUUUCAGUGUACCAAUCACCUUAAAACUGAUUUGUGUGUAGCUAGAAUGUAUCAAAUGUACCUCAAAAAACAUUACCUAGCAUUCUAUAGGCUACAGUUCAGGAGUAUGAAGAAAAUAAAGGAUGAUAUUCCACUACUCUGACUUAUUUCACAUGGAGCCAUUUUGGGUUUGUUCAUUCCCAAUUCUCAUCAGCUAAUUUUCCUAACUCUAUAUCAGAACUUCUCAAACAUUUUGGUGAUUGGUACACUAAAGUAAAGUAUGUAUAUAAAGUGCCUACCAAAUGUAAUGUCUAUCUCAAUUUGUGUGAAUAUUGUACAUUGAAAUUUCUGUAUAUAAUGUACAAGUGUAUUAUUAUGUAUAUUUAUAGCAUUAUUGCCUUAAUUCAUAAAUAUAAAGCACCUUGAAUUGAAACAUACUUUGUUUUUACAAAUGGACUGAAGAAUGAAUACUUCCAAUUUCAUCAUUCUCUUUGAUAAAUCUUUUUCGAAAAUAACUUCUUUUUUGGGGGGAGUAAUUUUGCUUGGACCCCCCAAAAAAAAUAAAAGUAAUUAACCAAUUGUCUCUUGGAGCCUUGUGGAUCCUGUAUGAAGCCUAUGGGAAUGAAACAAUUUAGUAGUCAACAGGUUAAUUAAUCAAAUCUUAGCACAACUUUAUUGUUUAAAGGUGAGUUCCAAAGUAUAAGUUUUCAUUUAUGGACUUGCAAAAGUUUGGAUCAUUCCAUUCCACAAAGCUAGUAAGGUACUUUCAAAAGUGAUCUUAUUAACAUUUAAUUUUAUUGUCUUAUUUAUUAUUUGACCCAGAAGAUCAACAGAGCAAACUGAUUUAUAUAUCACAAACAUUUUUUGUUGCGUUUAUAAAAUCUAAAAGGUACAGAGUAUUGUGGAGUGUGGAAGUGAAGAUAUCUCUGUUGAUAUGUUGUGAUUCUGUCUACAAUCUGUCAAUAUAUCUUUGGAUUGAAACGAAAACACAAUUAUUCAUAAUGAAAAGAUUGAAGUGUUAUGUUCACUAUGUUCAUUAGAAAACCAUAUUUCUACAUUAUUCACAUUGCUGUUUGUGUUUAAUAAAUUACUUUCAGAUACGUGUAUAUGAAUGUAAUAGCUAAAGCAAA